AAGCAGCAGAUCUUUUAUCCGACAUGGGUGCCCUCCAAUAUAGUGCUGUUGUCUCAGCUGUGAUUUUCAACGAAGAUUUCUUAUCAAAACAUAGAAUCACAAACACACACAGACGAGUGCUCCUUAGGCGUAUUGGAUAUUUACCACAGUAAGUUGCACUUGGACAGUUGCGGGUGAGGAAGUGCGUUCUCCGGUUAACACGUGCCUACCAGGUUGAUUGCUUCGCACGUGAGACGAUCGGCGGCGAUGUUUUUUAACUUUCACUUUUGCAUUGUGAGCUCGUGCUCGAGUAAUCGGCCGGUGUGCCGAAACUCACCACUCGCACGUACGUAGACUAGCCGAGCGCUGAGGACAGUAACAGGCAGCCGCAUGUGUGGUGGCUAAGCGUGGUAUUUUGCUGGUGUCAAGACGGUCAAUCGUUUGAGUUUAGUUCGUUGAAAGGCGCGUCGCGAUAUAGUUGUGUUCCGAAGUCGCGAAAAUGGCAUUCAGCAAACAUACAAAGUGAUAAGCCAGCAGUGAAUUGGUGGUGGUGCAGGCAGUUAAUAUUCAAAUUGCAGUGCGCAUUCGGGUGUUUCUAACAAAGAUGUGGAUUAAAAUUCCCUAAAAUAAAUAUAUAAAAAACGCAUAAAUUGAAUACUUAAAUACAUGGAAGAAAUUCUUUCAGUGCAGUGCUUCAAACUUAACGGUGAAUGCUGAAGUAGCAAUGCUAAUUAAAGCAAAAUAUUUAAACAUUUAAAUAAAAAAUAGAAUAAUUUAAAAUUUAGUGCAAAGGUGUAGUUAAAAUAUAUAAUUAAAUAAUAAUUAAGAAAAUUUAUUAGUGCAGUAAUACAAAAAAAAAUUUAAUUGUGAAUUUAGAAACUGGUUCACAUUUGAAAUUGCCCCUAAAGGAUUUAAGCUCUAACUUUGCUAAAAUAAAUCCAUAACCGACUUCCGACAACAGCCAACAAUCGCUUUCCCACUACUCCUACUCUCGCGAACGCAUUUGGCUCGGCUGCUGGCAAACGAUUGGCAUGUAAUAGCCGCUUAUCCGGAAUUUAAUUUACGCAAAUGAUGUGCCAUGAAGGGCGCCGCUGCGAACCCUGACCGCAUUGUGUCAACACAUCAGGAAAUGAUGAUGAUGCCACUGUUGCUGCGCUUGCGAAAUGAUGUUGCCAGCAGCAGAUGAGACCGCGACAAGAGCAAUUAAACACUCAUUGCCUUUGUUAUUGCAUCAAUUAAGCGCGCCAUUAAAAGUAUUAAGGAAGAAAGUGCGCAUUAAACGCGAGCGGAAGAGAUAGUGAAACGUAAGCGCCAACAAAACCAAAGUGAGAUCCAACUACGGCACUCGAGCCCAAGCAGAGACGAAGUCGUGCAGCUCCAAAGCGAUUAGCUUUAGUGAGUGGAGCAUUAGAAACCGCGCACUUUAAUCAAUUGAUACUGAACGUCACAAACACACAAACAGCAGAUACGACGAGCUGUAACAAUCAAAUAAUUACUGGAUAAAUUCCAAGUAUCAACGGCGUUUGCAAAGCAAGCGAGACGAUGUGGACUCUCAUAGCUCACCAGCGGCCGUUGGUAUUGCUGAUGUUGUUGCUGCAAACAUGCCAUGAAUUCAAUUUGCAUGCGGAUGUUGGCGUCGCCGCAUCCACCGCAGUGGUGUCGUCCGUCGAGGCGGAAGUGAGCUCCGAGCACGCUGAUAUAUAUAAUAUUCGCCACGGCCGCUCCAAGGUGCGGCACUCCAACGAGAAGGAGCAUCUCCUUUGGGCGCUGCGGCCACAAAACGCGCCAACCGGAAACGAUAAUGCCAAAGCAGCCGCAAACGCCCGUGGACAAGGUGAGGGCGGAAGGAGUAUCACUGCAAAUACUUCACAAAACGCCGCGGACAUAGCGAGUAGUGACUUGAUAGCCGGCGACUAUGAUAAUGAGUUGAUGUCUGGUGCGGCCGAAAGCGCCGCUUACAACCUGACCAUGCGCCAGAGUAGGAUGAAAGCCCAUCGCGAGCUUUGGAGCAUCGAUGCGGACAGCAGCAUACAAACGGGUAAUGGUCAUCUGUUCGGCAGUGAUUAUUGGCGAAACUCGGAUGCGAAUGGUUCGUUGAUAAGCUCGGCGGAAAUUAACACAGCGCAGCGCGUAAGACCCACGACACACUCAUUGUCAGAAAAGCGGUCACAUUCAGUUGCAGCCACAGCUCCGCAUUCAGCAGCUAAAAGAAAGCACACUGACAAAUCGCACAUGCCGAUUGAUCACUCCCAGCAAGCACCGAAAGUAACCGACUCACCAGAUACUGGUCCUAGCGGUCUCGCCACUACUGAAGCGCCAGUGACACAUCGCAUACGUAAACUGCAUAUGAAGAAGAUAAUGGAGAGUAUACGCAACAGCGCGGAUAAAAGUCUCGGGGUGAAGGCUUCGAAGCCGCAUCAUCGCAGUUUGAUGACCGCUGAGCAGCUGCAGGGCCGCCCAAUGGAUGUGGAACUCCAAACUGGCCACGAUAGUGCAGCGGACGACACAGUCAUAUUGGAUGGUGGUAGCGUGGAUGAGAAUGCUGACAGUGACGGCAUUGACAGGAGUGCGGAUGACAAUGACAGAGUUGACGAGGACACAGGCGAGUUCGAUAGCGAAGAUCAGGAUAUCGAGAGCGAUGAUGGUACUGAAGAUAAUAACGCGGGUGUAAAUGAGGAGGAUGCGAGUGAUGAGAGCAAUGCCGACGACAUGGCCAGUAAUAGCGUCGACGGAAGUGAAGAAGACAGCAACGACAUUUUGCCAUCCGAUAUGGAUGGCAGCAGCGAUAGUGAGGUGCACUGA